AUGUCAAGUGACGCCAUCAUGGCGGAGUUUGGGUCGGCAGCUUCCUUCCUGAGAAAGUCGGAGAAGGAGCGUUUGGAAGCUCAGACCAGACCUUUCGACAUGAAAAAGUUUUGUUUUGUACCCGACCCCGAGGUGGAGUACGUCAAAGCCUCAGUCAUCAGCAGGGACGGUGACAAAGUUACCGUCGAAACUGAGUUUGGAAAGACCGUCACCCAUAAGGAGGCAGAUAUCCAUCCUCAGAACCCGCCAAAGUUCGAUAAAAUUGAGGACAUGGCAAUGUUCACCUUCCUCCAUGAACCUGCUGUGCUGUUUAACCUCAAAGAGCGUUACGCAGCCUGGAUGAUCUACACCUACUCAGGACUGUUCUGUGUAACUGUCAACCCCUACAAGUGGCUGCCAGUAUACGAUAAGUCGGUGGUCGCUGCCUACAGAGGAAAGAAGAGGAGUGAAGCUCCUCCUCACAUCUACUCCAUCUCUGACAAUGCCUACCAGUAUAUGCUUGCUGACAGAGAAAACCAGUCAAUCCUUAUCACUGGAGAAUCUGGUGCAGGAAAGACUGUGAACACCAAGAGAGUCAUCCAGUACUUUGCCAGCAUUGCAGCGGUUUCUGGCAAGAAGGAUGAAAAACAGGAGAAAAAGGGCACCCUGGAGGAUCAGAUCAUCCAGGCCAAUCCUGCUCUGGAGGCGUUUGGAAAUGCCAAGACCAUCAGGAAUGACAACUCCUCCAGAUUUGGUAAAUUUAUUCGAAUCCACUUCGGAGUCAGUGGAAAAUUGGCUUCUGCUGACAUUGAGACAUAUUUGCUGGAGAAGUCUCGUGUCACCUAUCAGCUCAAGGCUGAGCGGGACUAUCACAUCUUCUACCAGAUUCUGUCCCAGCAGAAACCAGAGCUGCUGGAAAUGCUGUUGAUCACCAACAACCCCUAUGACUACGCCUACAUCUCCCAAGGAGAAACAACCGUAGCUUCUAUCAAUGAUUCUGAAGAGCUGAUGGCUACUGAUGAAGCUUUUGAUGUCCUGGGCUUCACCCAAGAGGAGAAGAAUGGCAUUUACAAGCUGACCGGUGCCAUCAUGCAUUAUGGAAACAUGAAAUUCAAACAGAAGCAGCGAGAAGAACAAGCGGAGCCUGAUGGCACUGAGGAUGUCGACAAAGCGGCAUAUCUUAUGGGUCUAAACUCUGCUGACCUCAUCAAGGGGCUGUGCCACCCAAGAGUUAAAGUAGGCAACGAGUGGGUCACCAAAGGUCAAAGUGUGCAGCAGGUGUACUACUCUAUCGGUGCUCUGGCCAAGUCAGUGUACGAGAAAAUGUUCUUGUGGAUGGUGGUGAGAAUCAACCAAUCUCUGGAUACCAAACAACCUCGUCAGUACUUCAUUGGUGUGCUUGAUAUUGCUGGAUUUGAGAUCUUUGAUUUCAACACCUUCGAGCAGCUUUGCAUCAACUACACCAAUGAGAAGCUGCAGCAGUUCUUCAACCAUCACAUGUUUGUACUGGAGCAAGAAGAGUACAAGAAAGAGGGCAUCGUUUGGGAGUUCAUUGACUUUGGCAUGGACUUGGCAGCCUGCAUUGAACUCAUUGAAAAGCCCAUGGGCAUCAUGUCCAUCCUUGAAGAGGAGUGCAUGUUCCCCAAAGCUUCAGAUUCGACAUUCAAAGCCAAGUUGUAUGACAACCAUCUGGGUAAAAGUCCCAACUUCCAGAAGCCCAGAGUUGUUAAAGGAAAAGCAGAGGCUCAUUUCUCUCUCAUCCACUAUGCUGGUACUGUUGACUACAACAUCACUAACUGGCUGGAGAAGAACAAGGACCCGCUCAAUGAGACCGUGGUUGGACUCUAUCAGAAGUCCACUCUGAAGUUACUCUCAAUGCUGUUCAUGGGGUAUGCGGGUUCAGAGUCCACCCAAGAUGGAGGAGGCAAAGGAAAGGGAGGAAAGAAGAAAGGUUCUUCCUUCCAGACUGUGUCUGCGCUGCACAGGGAGAAUCUGAAUAAACUCAUGACCAACCUCAGGUCAACUCACCCUCAUUUUGUGCGCUGCAUCAUCCCCAAUGAGACCAAGACACCUGGGGCGAUGGAGAAUCCUCUGGUCAUGCACCAGCUACGCUGUAACGGUGUGCUGGAGGGGAUCAGGAUCUGCAGGAAGGGAUUUCCCAACAGGAUUCAGUAUGGAGACUUCAAACAAAGAUAUCGCAUCUUGAACCCCAGUGCUAUUCCUGAAGGGCAGUUCAUUGACAACAAAAAAGCCUCAGAAAAACUUCUGGGGUCAUUGGAUAUUGAUCACGAGCAGUACAGGCUGGGGCACACGAAGGUGUUCUUCAAAGCUGGUCUGCUUGGUGUUCUUGAAGAGAUGAGAGAUGAUCGUCUCGCUCUCAUCAUUACUGGAAUUCAAGCAAGAUCCAGAGGACUGCUCGCCAGGAUUGAGUUCCAGAAAAUUGUUGAGCGCAGGGAUGCCUUACUCGUGAUCCAGUGGAACAUUCGUGCCUUCAUGGGCGUCAAAAAUUGGCCCUGGAUGAAGAUGUUCUUUAAGAUUAAACCUCUGCUGAAAUCAGCUGAGACUGAGAAGGAGAUGGCAAACAUGAAAGAGGAGUUUACAAAGCUCAAAGAGGCAUAUGCCAAAUCUGAAGCCCGCAAGAAGGAGCUGGAGGAAAAAAUGGUCACCCUUCUCCAAGAGAAGAAUGACUUACAGCUCCAAGUCCAAUCUGAGCAAGACAAUCUUUCAGAUGCUGAGGAGCGCUGUGAGGGUCUCAUUAAGAGCAAGAUUCAGCUUGAGGCUAAAGUCAAAGAGCUGACAGAGAGACUCGAGGAUGAAGAGGAGAUGAAUGCAGAGCUAACUGCUAAGAAAAGGAAGCUGGAGGAUGAGUGUUCAGAGCUUAAGAAGGACAUUGAUGAUUUAGAGCUGACUCUGGCUAAAGUGGAAAAGGAAAAGCAUGCCACUGAGAACAAGGUGAAAAAUCUGACUGAAGAAAUGGCAGCUUUGGAUGAAAUCAUUGCUAAGCUGACCAAAGAGAAGAAAGCUCUUCAGGAGGCCCACCAGCAAACACUAGAUGACUUGCAGAGUGAGGAAGACAAAGUCAACUCUCUGACCAAGGCCAAAGUCAAGCUGGAGCAGCAAGUCGAUGACCUUGAAGGAUCAUUGGAGCAAGAGAAGAAGGUGAGGAUGGAUUUAGAAAGAGCCAAGAGAAAACUGGAAGGGGACCUGAAGCUAACCCAAGAAAACAUAAUGGAUCUGGAGAAUGACAAGCAGCAGCUAGAGGAAAAACUCAAAAAGAAGGAUUUUGAAAUUUGCCAGCAUCUCAGUAAAAUUGAGGAUGAGCAGGCAAUGAGUGCUCAGCUCCAGAAGAAACUGAAGGAAUUACAGGCCCGCAUUGAGGAGCUAGAGGAAGAACUGGAGGCAGAGCGAGCUGCCCGGGCCAAGGUGGAGAAACAGAGGGCUGACUUGGCCAGGGAGCUGGAGGAGAUCAGCGAAAGGCUGGAGGAGGCUGGAGGAGCCACCGCUGCUCAGAUCGAGGUGAACAAGAAGAGGGAGGCCGAGUUCCAGAAGAUGCGCAGGGACCUUGAGGAGGCCACUCUGCACCAUGAAGCCACUGCUGCCGCACUGAGAAAGAAGAAUGCCGACAGCGUGGCUGAUCUGGGUGAGCAGAUCGACAACUUGCAAAGAGUCAAGCAGAAGCUGGAGAAAGAGAAGAGCGAGCUCAAACUGGAGCUGGAUGAUGUCGUCUCCAACAUGGAGCAGCUUGCCAAAGCUAAAAGCAACCUGGAGAAAAUGUGUCGCACUCUGGAGGAUCAAGUGAGCGAAUACAGGACAAAAUCAGAGGAGGCCCAACGUUCCAUCAAUGACUUCACAAUGCAAAAAGCAAAGUUUCAAACUGAAAAUGGUGAGCUCACCAGGCAGCUGGAGGAGAAGAACUCUUUUGUGUCCCAGCUGACCAGAGCGAAGCUCUCAUAUACCCAGCAGAUUGAAGACCUCAAGAGGCAGCUGGAGGAGGAAGUCAAGGCCAAGAAUGCACUUGCCCAUGCAGUGCAGUCUGCUCGCCAUGACUGUGAUUUGCUGAGGGAGCAAUUUGAGGAAGAGCAGGAAGCCAAAGCUGAGCUCCAACGCAGCAUGUCCAAGGCCAACUCUGAGGUGGCUCAGUGGAGAACCAAGUAUGAAACUGAUGCCAUCCAAAGAACAGAGGAGCUGGAAGAAGCAAAGAAAAAGCUAGCUCAACGGUUACAGGAUGCUGAGGAAGCUGUGGAAGCUGCUAAUGCAAAAUGCUCCUCCCUGGAGAAAACCAAACACAGGCUUCAGGGUGAAAUCGAGGAUCUGAUGGUGGAUGUGGAGAGAUCUAAUGCUGCUGCUGCUGCUCUGGACAAGAAGCAAAGAAACUUUGACAAGGUCCUUGCUGAGUGGAAGCAGAAGUAUGAGGAGUCUCAAGCUGAGCUGGAAGGUGCCCAGAAGGAUGCUCGUUGUCUCAGCACUGAACUCUUCAAAUUGAAGAACUCCUAUGAAGAGGCUCUGGAACAUCUGGAGACCAUGAAACGAGAAAACAAGAAUCUCCAAGAGGAAAUUUCUGACCUGACUGAGCAACUUGGUGAGGGAGGAAAAAACAUCCAUGAGCUGGAGAAGAUCCGCAAACAGCUGGAGCAAGAGAAGGCAGAGAUACACACUGCUCUGGAGGAAGCUGAGGGUACCCUUGAGCAUGAAGAGGGUAAGAUCCUUCGAGCUCAGCUGGAGUUCAAUCAAGUGAAAGCUGACAUGGAGCGCAAGCUGACGGAGAAGGACGAGGAGAUGGAGCAGGCCAAGCGAAACCAUCAGAGGGUGACGGACACUCUGCAGAGCUCGCUGGAGGCUGAGAUUCGCAGCAGAAACGAGGCUCUUAGACUAAAGAAGAAGAUGGAAGGGGAUCUAAAUGAGAUGGAGAUCCAACUGAGCCAGGCCAACAGGCAGGCAGCAGAGGCCCAGAAGCAGCUCAAGGGAGUCCACGCUCACCUGAAGGACUCACAGCUGCAGCUGGAUGAAGCUCUCCGUGCCAAUGAUGACCUGAAGGAGAACAUUGCCAUCGUGGAGAGACGUAACAACCUGAUGCAGGCUGAGCUCGAUGAGCUGAGGGCUUUGGUGGAGCAGACCGAACGGGGUCGGAAGCUGGCCGAGCAGGAGCUGCUGGAUGUCAGCGAACGAGUUCAGCUGCUGCACUCGCAGAACACCAGCCUCUUGAACCAAAAGAAGAAGCUGGAGAGUGACACAGCUCAGCUUCAGAAUGAGGUGGAGGAGGCUGUGCAGGAAUGCAGAAAUGCUGAGGAGAAGGCAAAGAAGGCCGUUACUGAUGCUGCCAUGAUGGCGGAGGAGCUGAAGAAGGAGCAAGACACCAGUGCCCACCUGGAGCGUAUGAAGAAAAACAUGGAGCAAACCAUAAAAGAUCUGCAGCACCGCCUGGAUGAGGCCGAGCAGAUAGCUAUGAAAGGUGGAAAGAAGCAGGUCCAGAAGCUGGAGUCCAGGGUGAGAGAGCUGGAAAAUGAGUUGGAAAUGGAGCAAAGGAAGAGCAGCGACUCUGUGAAGGGCAUCCGGAAGUAUGAGCGGCGCAUCAAAGAGUUGACCUACCAGACCGAGGAGGACAAGAAGAAUCUGAACCGCCUGCAGGACCUGGUGGAUAAACUGCAGCUGAAAGUGAAAUCCUACAAGAGGGCUGCAGAGGAGGCUGAGGAGCAGUCCAAUGCAAACCUUAGCAAGCUGCGCAAGUUGCAGCACGAGCUGGAUGAAGCAGGGGAGCGGGCCGACAUAGCAGAGUCUCAGGUCAACAAGCUGAGAGCAAAGAGCCGUGACUCCGGAGCUAAGGUCAGUCAUGCAAAAUAG